GACGUCCACAGGAGGUUCUCCAUCGGAUGAAGAGGCGCCUAGAAUUACCCCUGCCUGGCAGCGACGACAACAGCACCGUGGUUAUCGAAGAAACGACAGAGGCCUGUACUUGGUGCGACAACGAUGACUUGGAGGUCGACGACGAGCACAGAGCAACGACUGUACAGAGGUUCAACAAGUACGUAGCACCUGGAACCUGUGUCGUAAACAAAUCGCCAAGAUACCCAGCGAAAUACCCUAAUAAUAGGGACAUACGCUGGAAGUAUACGGGGGUUUCGGGAAGUAUAUUGACGUUUAAGGUCAUUAAAGGCGGAGUCCAGAAACACUACAAAUGUCAGAAGGAUUAUGUUGAGAUCUUCACGAACGGCAAAAGGUCAAGGGCAUGUGGUGGCCUGAGGAAUUUUCAAAGAAGUUCAGGAACCGACAGCAUUCUCAACGUGAAGUUCGUCUCCAAUCGAAGACUUCAGUGGAAUGGCUACACUGCCGAAGUCUGCGCUGGAGAACCACCAUCGACUACUACGACCACCACGACUACCACCACUUCCAGUACCACAACCACAACCACCACGACCGACACACCAGUCAUGUGUGACGACAUCUGUGGGAGUGUCGACGGAUACACGGGGCGAAUCAGCAACCCCACGCAGGCAGCAACGACCAUCCCGUGGUAUGUGGUCGUCGAUAUUAUCAGGGACAACUUGUACAUCCGGGGCUCUGGCAUCCUUAUCUCCAGAAAGCAUGUUCUUACUGCUGCCUAUCUAUUCUACCAAGGAUCUCCAACCGGGACAGACAACGUGGUCGUUCGAGUCACAGCUGGUGAAUAUGAUCUCAGUGAACCAGAAACUCCUGCAGUCCAAGUGCUCUACACAUCAGAUGUUAUCAUCAACGAAAAUUUCGACAGCAGUAUGAGUGAGCUCGACUACAACCUCGCGAUCCUCACUCUCCCUGACGACGGUUUUACACUGAACACCCGAGUCCUGCCCAUCUGCAUAGGGAAUAGCUCAGUGUUGGAUUACGUCAUAGCUACUUAUUCCUCAGUCAAAUUGUCUGGUUUCGGCUGGACUACAAACGGCUAUCCUGCAACGAACAUGUCGACCAUUAGCAUCAAUACCUGCACCUUUUCCUUUGGUGACUACCUCUUCUGCCUCGAAACCUUAUUCGCCCCGGAUACUCCCUGUUAUGGAGACAGCGGCUCCGCCUACUACCAGACCUACUCCGACGGCCGCAUCUACGCCGUCGGGAUGGUGACCACGGUGACGCAGACAGUGUGUCCUGUCGGGGGUUUCAUUAUACCAGGGACCGAUCUCACUUUCUACUACGACUGGAUCAAUCAGCAUACUUCACCGCGACACUGUAACCCUUGAUUCGGAAUGGGAAUAGGACUGUUCUUUUGGAAUAGCCCUCGGGCGAUUUCUGGACUCUUGUUAGGAGUUCGGAACUGGAUGUUUGAUUUCUUCUUUUAGUUUCUUUUAGUCUCUUUUGGUUUUCCAGUCAUUUUCUUUUCUCUCUUUUGAUAGCUGCCUUUCUUUCUUUCUCUCUCUCUCUCUCUCUCUCUCUCUCUCUCUCUCUCUCUCUCUCUCUCUCUCUC